AUAAUAUAUGGCAAUUAGUCUUUCGAGUCGUACAUUAGUCAGUGAGCUCGCUUGAGGUUGUUAUGGAGCACAUACGAAUCCUGCUCCUAUUAUGUAUCACAACGGUUUUGGGUAACCCGUGCAUGAACUGGACGUUGAACUCCAUGCCAUACCCAAGCGACUGCCAGAGCUACAUAGUAUGUUGGCUAUCAAAACCUUAUGUACGGUCAUGUCCGAACAACUUGUACUAUGACGUGAGAUCAAACACUUGCCAGCCUGUGGUAGCAACUAUGUGUUGUAAUAUAUCACUCCCAUUUAUAAAUCAAAAGCCGACCUUACCUCCAGUCCCAGAUGAAAUCAGCACAUAUAAAAAGAGGCCUGAUCUUCCAUUCACAAGAGGUAUUUUACCACCUCUUACAUCAAGUACGACCCCAUCAGACGUCACCGACAAGACUACAAUAACUAACCAAACUUCAGAACCACCAGGUCCUACUGGAAAAGAUACUUCACAAGAAACAACUACGACUAAAUCGUCUGUAACUAUAUCAACUACUCCCAGCACAACAGUAUAUUUUCCGUCAUCUACUCUUACUAAUACAGCCUCAACAACUCAUGAAACACAAUCAAUAUUUACAAUAACAAUACCGUCUGACGUGACCCAAAAACAGACAGAUGUUCCCAUUUCAACUACGUAUGAACCUUCAACUUCACAAAAAGAAACCACUGAAUCAUUAUCAUCGACAGAACCAUCAACAUGGAAACCAAAGCCGACAGAAUUUGAUUUAACGACAUUAAUAAAUAAAGAAACAACUGUACAGCCUUCUAUAUCAACUACCUCGCAUGGAAUCACAACAACAGAAUCUUCAAUGACUACUGCGAGAGCUACAAAAGUGACAAGUUCUACAAUUAACGAAACGAGUACAGAAAAUCUGACAAGUAAAGUACCUCUAUCAAGUACGACUGAAUCAUCUACAUUUUCAUCUAAUACUGAUUUCUUAUUGAUAUCGACUUCUCUAAGCGAUCUAUCCACAUCGAUAAGUGAUACAACAAAUUACCCGAGCACAAAAGAAAGAGUAAUAACUGAGCAGACAACUAAAAUCAGGCCUACAACAAAUUUUAUAACUACUUCACCAACCGAGUAUAUAACAAGCAGUCACACUACAACAGUUAUAUCAGAAACAUCAACAGGGAUAAAUACAAGAGAGACGGAAAUAGCUGUAGUAACAACGGAACAAACUUUACCAGUUAAAAUAACAACCCCAGCUAAUGAACUAAGUACAAAAACUGACACAACUCCCUCUAUUACCUUGCCAUCUUUAAAGACAAGUACAGGUACUCAUGCGACUGAGGAAAUGAUUACAAAUAAGAUAACAACCGCAUUUAUAACACCACCAACAGUCCCAUCAAUAAUUGUAACUACACCAUCAACGACAGAAUUAUAUAGUACGAAUACUGAAUUAACUAUAGAAACGGUAACAGAACCACUCGUGACAAAUACCGCCACGCCACCAUCAAAGCACACUACAGAGUAUAAUUUACCAUCUACACCAUAUACUAUAUUAUUGCCUACAACUUCUGAAAAACCAGACAAUGAAAUACAAACUACUACAAAAAUAGAUUCAACAGUAAAAGUAACAUCGACGGAAAAAAGUGUAACGAGUACAGAGAGUUCCUCGACUGGAAUUUCAACGAAUGCAAUAACAGAACUAUCAAGUACUGGCACAACGCAAGAAAGCAGUUCAUCGGAACCUUCGACCUCAGCAAACACUGGUAUUGAUAUUUUAACAACUAUAAAACCUAUAAUAAAGACUACGGAACUACUUAUAACUGAAUCUACUGAUAUGCCACAAACCAUAGUAACUGAAGAUUUAUCUAGCACAACCUCAGAACCUCAUGACACACCUAUAAUUUUUUCAACCGCGCUUCCCCCGGUAACACCAGCUGUAACGACAAGCACGGGACAUAAUUUACCAUCAACAUUUGUAACAGAUACAUCUGUAACUGAUACCUUUGAAUAUCCAACAACAACAAGCGUUGACAAUGAUAGUUUAACAACUAUAAGACCGACUACGGAGCUACUUAUAAUUGAAUCUACUGACAUGCCACAAACCAUCGUAACUGAAAAUAUAGAUAUAUCUGGCACAACCCCAGAACCUCAUGAAACACCUAUAAUUUUUUCAACUGCACUUCCUCCGUUAACGACAGCUGUAACGCCCGAACUAUUAACGACAAGCACGGGACAUAAUUUACCAUCAACAUCUGUGACAGAUACAUCUGUAACUGAUACCUUUGAAUAUCCAACAACAGCAAGCGUUGAUAAUGAUAUUUCAACUAUAAGGCCUAUUAUAAAGACAACCGAGUCACUUAUCACUGAGUCUACUAAAGCGCCUCAAACCACAUUAACUAAAGGCAUCGAUAUAUUUAGUACUACAUUAGAACCACAUGAAACAACGCCCAAAUCAGUUGUAACAUACGAACCACCUAUAACAACCACAGAACAUUCAACCAAUGUCCCAAUAAUUACUAAACAAACUUUGCCAUAUUUGAGUACAAAACCAUCUACAGCUUCGCAAUCCGUACCUUCAGUUUCAAAUGAAAUUGAUACAACUACACUAUCUAUUAAAUCAACGUUACCUUCAGUAUCAACCAAAGUCACGCCAGAUUUGGCAACUAUCACACCAGAAUCAUUUUCCACACCAACCAUGCUGUCAACGAGAGAAAAACAAUCAACAGUAACUGAGCCCGUAACGCUUACGUCGAAUGCUGAUAAUUUUUCAUCACAAACAUCAACUAUUACUAGUAGUCCUAUAAUUACAAAGUUAACGGAAGCAAUAACUGAUAAUAAAUUAACAUCAACUAUACAUCCCUUGCCGCCUUUAACUUCUACUGAAUCUACCUCAACUAUGACACCAGGUUUGUCUACCACACAUAAGGGAAUGAUAACAAUGACGACAGAAACAGAUCAAUCUACAGCAUAUGUGUCAACUAAAGUGACAUCUGAACCAACAGAACAGACUACAGUCUUCUUACAUUCAUCCACAUUAUUGACAACUCCAACCGAUGCUACAAUUACACUAACGGACUUAACGACAACACAAAAUUCACUAAGUACAGCUACAGAAUCAAGUGCAACCAUUAGCCCAGAGGUGACAUCUUUGCCUGUGUCACCAGGAUCCACACAACAUACAGCAACUGAAACACAACCUAUUCCAAGUAUUACUGCUACAAGUGCAUCAAUAUCUAACAUAACAAGUACUAUUGUGACAGCAACUGAACAAAUCAUAACAACGUCAUCAGGCGCAACUCGUGAAGAUACCUCACCUUCGGCCUUAACUACUGGAACAGGAGUAACUGCAACAACUUCUAAUGCCAAUCCAAUGACAGACAUCAUAUCUACGAGUGAAAUGGAACCAAUUGUGACAAAAUGGUCAACAAAAGAUUUUUCAUUAACAACACGGCUUACACUACCGCCCUUAACUUCUGUGCAGCCGGAUUUGACAACUAAACGAGAUAAGUUUAUAACAACACCAUCGACAAUGAAAACAAAACCUGCUAGAACAAUGACGAAUCCAUACACGGAAAAAGUAUCAAAUUACACAACACCUGUGUCAACUGUUACGCCUUUUGUUACCGAGCCAACCGAAAUAUCAUCUAGUACAAUAUUGCCGCAAACUGAAAUAAACAAAAGCACGACACCGUCUAUUCCAACAAAAAUAAUUACUGAAUCAACAUCAAAUGAAGAAACAUCAAAGAUCUCUACGUCUACGAUCAUUGACAUUACGGCGUCAAUCGAAAAAAUGGAAACUACUAAAAACUCGUAUACAAUACAUACAUCUACGAUGAAAGGUGAAUCGAGUACAUCAAGUUCCUCGGCUGAAUCUUCAACUAUAGCGAUAACGGAAAAAUCUAGUACAAAUACAAUACAAGAAUCCAGUUCAUCUGAAUCUCAUACAACAGCUAGCCCUAAUGACAUUUCAACAACAAAAAUCCCUGAAACAAAAACAACACAGCUACUUACGAGUGAAUCUAUUACAAUCACCGAAGAUACAUCUAGCCCAACAUCAGAACCCCAUGAACCAACAAUAAGUAUUUCAACCUCACUGCCUACGUCAUCAUCAGCUAUAACAUAUGAGCCACUUAUAACCAGUACGGAACAUUCGACUAAUUUACCAAUAAUUACUAAACAAACUUUACCAUCUUUGCCUAUAAGACAAUCUACAACUUCGGAACCCGUAACAUCAACGCCAAGUGAAUUUGAUACAACUACACUAUCUAUUAAAUCUACUUUACCUUCAGUAUCAACCAAAAUCACGUCGGAGUUGACAAGUAGCGUUACCUUACCAGAAUUAUUUUCAACACCAACCAUGCUAACAACGAGAGAAAAACAAUCAACAGUAACAGAGCCUAUAACGUUUACUUCAAAUACUGAUAAUUUUUCAUCACAAACAACAACAUUUACUACUAGUCCUAUAAUAACAAUACUAACAGAAACAACACAGCGUGAUAAUGAACUACCCUCAACAGUGCGGCCCCUGCUGCCUAUAACUUCGACUAAAUCUACUUCAGAAAGUACACCAGGCUUGUCUACUACAAGUAAGGAAGAAAUAACAAUGACGCCAGAAUCUACAACAUAUGUGUCAACUGAUGCUACAUAUGGACCAACAGAACAGACAACAGUACUACAUUCAUCCACAUUAUUAACAACUCCAACGGAUUCUACAAUUACACCAAUAGACUCAACAACGACCCUAAAUUCACUAAGUACAGCUUCAGAACCAAGUGCAUCUAUUAACAUAGACUUAACAACAUAUUUGCCUGAUACACCCACACAGCAAACUACAACUGAAACACAACCUAUAACCAGUACUACUGCUAGUACAGCUAGCGCAGCAACAUCUGACAUAAUAAAUACCACUUCAUCGCCAUCAAAAGUGACUGAUAUCACUUCAACUUUAUCAGACAUAACAUCGACUCCUAAGUAUAUUCCGACGGAUUCAGAAACAACUGAAAUUGACUUAAUCACGACAUCAACUAAAAAACUUAUGACGACCACUGCAUCGAUUGCAACUAGUACACCGGUAGCUUCAUCAACUGGAUCUGAAAUACCUGUGACGAGUACGACUAAAAUUGAACCGACCGCGAAUGAAAUGACGACAAAAGAAACAUCAACAGAAUUAUCAAUAACAUUACCUAGUACUACAACGAUUUCUGAGCCUACUUUAACAACUGGUAUUUCUAACCCUACACUUCCUCCUGACGACAAACAGUAUACAAUUCCACCUACCGAAACCUCAACUGAAAUUGAAAUGAAUACUACGGAAACAACAACAGACCAAUAUACAUCACCAACAACACCAUCGAAAAUGCGUUCCUUACCUCCGAUACCACCAACUGAAUCUCCUUGCGAAUAUUAUGAAAAAAGUCAGUCAGCAGCACUUAAGCCUCAUCCACUACCUUUGUGUAGACAAAGCGAUGACUACCAGUACCCGGACCUUCACGACUGUAGUUUCUACUACAAGUGUUUCAAAGGAUCCAUGACUAAAGUCAAAUGCCUUAAUAACUAUGAAUUUAGCCCUCGAGCGCUUAGAUGCAUGCCCGCACCAGAAGCGAGAUGCCAUAAGAACCUAACCUUGAAUCAGCAGCAAGUGUAUUUAGAUUAUUUCGUGCUAUUCAACAACGCGCAGAAAAGAUACGAAACAAAAUGAACCGAAUAAAGUGGAACGAAAUUUAAAAUACACCAAUCAAUUUAAUGAACCCUCAAGAGCCAUUUUUGAAAUAAUAUUUUGAAUAUAAAACUUACGAUUAAAAAUAAAAA